AUGAGCAUUGUGAAGAAACAUCAUGCUUCUCCCGUCUCUAAACGGGGUCAAAAAAGACCCAAACAAGAAAAAAGCAGAAACACUAAGACUCAUAAUGCAGCACAUAAAUCAUCAAGGACUUGUGGAGUUUUUGUUGGUUCUUGCAAUGGCUUGGUUUGUGUAGAAGUAGACUCCAAAACCAUGAUCCUGUGGAACCCUUGUGCUAGAGACUUCACGGUUUUACCAAAUCCUCCUCAACUCAUGGACUCUAAUAAGCUUAGUAACUAUCUUUAUGGAGUCGGGUAUGAUUCUGCUAAUGACGACUACAAGGUGAUACGGGGGUUCAUUUCUAAUUCGGAUGGUGCUGAGGAAAUCAUGGUUUACAUCUUUUCACUGAAAACCGGUUCUUGGAGGACUGUCAGAGACGUUGAUCAUGUCAAAUUGAAAAGAAUAUUGCAUGGGCUGUAUGUAAACAGAGCUCUGCAUUGGUUAUAUACUCUACCGGAAGGAGGAUAAAAAAUUAUGUCUUUUGAUUUAAGGGAGGAGAAGUUUGAGAAGACAAUUGCAUUACUCUUAAUUGAUGGCCAUUUUUCUGAUCUGUUUAUUCAUAAAGACUGUAUCUGUAUAGGCGCUUAUCCAACUGGAACCAACAGUAUCGACAUAUGGAUGAUGAAAGAAUAUGGGGUCAAUGAAUCUUGGGCUAUAGUAGUACAAUUUUCUUUGGAGAAUUGUCUAUCUGAUCCUGGUUAUAGAUUCUGUCUCUGGUCUGUGUCCAUUUUGGAGAAUGGUGUAGUUUUGAUUACCGGUGUGGGUCAGUACGAACACCUCGUCGUAUUCUCUAAUCUAAAUGAAGAUGAAUUCACGCAUUUUGUUGAGGUUGCUGUGGCCUAUUCUCUUUAUACUGUCACUUAUCGAGAGACAUUAGUUUCACCAGACCUCCAAUUCAAGAAUCUUUAA